CAUUCCACAGCAGCACAAAGUGAACCAGCGUGGACAUCCUGAGGAAACAACACUGGCUUCCUGUCAAAUUAAGCCAAGCCGCUGGCUGUUGGGAACGAUAACCGCUGCUGGCUGAGGUAGAGCGCCACCUUCGUGCCACCCCGCCCACCAACUACACGCCAGCACCCAUCGAGGCCAUUUGGGUCUAGGACCGUCGGCCACAGCGGGAUCAUUGAAGAGCUCCUCAGACGCCAUGGGCCGCUUUCUGCUCCUGUUAAGCUGCACGCUCGUAUCUAACUAUCUCCAUCCAUGGAGAGGGACCAACGCACAGACCAUGUUCACUAUAAGGGACAUCAGUAUAUCUCUUGAGCCCGGGUCCGAUGUGAUGCGGGGCACCAAUGUGACUGUGCGCUGUCAGGCAUUGGUCAGCAGCUCAGGCACAGGCCAGCUGAGUCGCGAAUACACAAUCUUCAAGGAUGGCGUCACCGUGUACACAAAGACAACCAGCAGCUCUGGUGAUCUCCUGUACCGCCUUCCUGAUGCCCGCGUGUCCAACGCGGGCAAAUACAAGUGUAACAUCAACAUCAAAGGCAAGCAGAUGACCAGUGAGGCCAAGAAACUCACAGUCACGGGUUUGUCUGCACCCCUGCUUCAUUUGAACAACGCUGUUGUCAGUGAGGGGGAGGAGGUAACAGCCAGAUGCACAGCGCCAGGAGAAACGGGUUCUAUCAUUUUCUAUUUCUAUGAUGAUGCCAAGGAGAUCCUAGAGGAUAGGGUCAACUCCAACCUGUCUGAAGUCAAGCUUCGCUUCAACACUGUUGGCAUCCACAAGAUGUACUGUGCCUACACCGUCCUGGUGACACCGAAUUCCUUCAGGUCGGACAAAAGCAACGCUGUCACCAUUUCGGUCAGAGAACUUUCCAUUACGCCCGUUUUGGAGAUUUUCCCUUACAGCAAUAUCUAUGAAGGAGACACAAUUGACAUCACGUGCACCAUCAGAAACCUCAUGCCCGACAUGCACGGAAACGUUCACCUCUACCUGAGUCGCGGGACCCAGCUUCUCAGCAGGGGGGACACCAAUGUCAACCACAGCAUGAUCGCCUUGGCUAAGGACUCUGAGGAGUUUGAGUGUAGACUGGAGAUGGGAAAUGUUGUGAAGGUUGAUACAAAAAAGAUUUUGGUGACUGAGCUGUUUUCAGUGCCUACGCUCUCAAUGUCACCAAGCGAAGUCUUUCAAAGAGACCACAUGACACUGAGCUGCAGAAGCGACAGCUUCGCUUCAGAGAGGCUCCACAGGGACGAGUUGACUUAUAGUUUGGAUCCGCCAGAGAGUCUCCUGCUCCCAAAGGGCACCGGCGUGUUUUCUGGCAAAGCUCUGCUCUACGAAUUCAACUACACUUGCAUUGCUCAAGCCAAGGGCAUCAGGAAAUAUAGCAAACCUUUGACUGUCAUUCCUAAAGUAACUGUAUCAACACCAAGGAUCUCGGUGGUUGGCAGACCGGUGUUGGGACGUCCAAUUAAGGUCCUGUGUCAGUCGGACAUCGGCAGCCUGCCCAUAAACUACACUUUACUGAAAGACUACGAGAUUCUGAGCACAGCCAGUGUCAAAAUGCCUUUUGAACAGGCUCUGUUCACCGUCACCAUCCACCAGCCUGAUGAAAUCAACAAGUUGAUGUGUGAGGCCAUGAACAGUCCGAAGGAAGCGCCACUCAGCAAAAGACUGGAUGCUACUGUUGUUGUACCUCUGUCUCAUCCGACCCUCACGGUCAUCCCCGUCUUGCCGGAAAUUGCAGAGGGAGAUCAUCUCUUCCUGAUCUGUGGUGUGAAAGGAACCCCGCCCAUCACCUUUAAGUGGUAUCGAGACGGCAGCAACAACCCGAUCUUUACCACCACCUCAGACAAGAACAAUACAGACUACCAGAUUCAAGCUCUGGCCAAAGGUGACAGUGGCACCUACUACUGUGAGGCCGUCAAUCACGCCAACAAUGUGGUCCGCAGCACACCAGUCACCAUAGAAGUGCGCUUAGCCCUCUGGAAGAAAGCGGUUAUUGUGGGCUUCUGUCUGCUGAUGGUGUCUGUGCUGGUGGUGGUGAUUGUGCUGUGCUUCAGGUCCAAGAGAGGUAAAAGGGAAGCAGCUGCUGAAUUGUCAGUCCUUCGAGCCCUAAAUCAGAUGACUCUUUAACAGUGAUUCUAACCCACGACACAGAGGUUAAUAAUGCAGCCCCAGGUAGAUUUUUUUUUAAUUUACUUUUUUUCUUGUGAUCCACCGGCUGUCUUCAUCAGUCAUUCCUCCAACCACUAGUUCUUUCAUAGCAUGUUUUGUGUGGGAGCCAUUGCGAUCCAUCCUCACUUCAUCAUCCAUGAUCUAAUAUGCAUGCAGGGGUCACGUUGUUGUAACUUGACGAGCAUUGUUGAAUAUAAACAUCUGUUUUGUCCAUGAUAUCUUGGUAGUGUCACGUGAGAGUGUUUAGUCUCAGACAUUUUGCAUGUACAUUGUCGCUCUGUGAAUUCCUGAGGCAACCAAAACAGGAAUGGUUUGUUGUAUGGAGGGGGGAGUGUCUGGACUAGCAGGAAGAUGCUGCUUAGAGUUUGAAUACUGGUGAAUAACAUUGUCAAGUGUUGCAAACUGUUUAGAGCGCCCGUUAUCAUCUUGUUCCAGACGGAGCACCACACUAUGAUGGCAUGGAGGGGAGGGUGACCAAUGGGACACGAGCUAUGCGCGCUGUCGCUUCCCACUGACAUCAGCAACAGGAGCAGCUUCAGUAUUCCAGCCACAGUGUAGAGAUACCCUGCUUUGCAAGGGACGGGGAGCCCCUUAAAAAAUGUUUGAAGGUUCGCCCCAAAAAAGGAAGCUUUUCUUGUCCCCCACGUUUUUUCACAUAGAAGGAUGUGUUACAAGAGAAAUGACUCGCCUCCUGCUGCUCCCUCUCCCCUCCCCCUGCAAUCGAGAGGGCUUUGAUUUCUUCUCUAUUUUUUUAUUUUUAUUUAACAUCACUGUCUUUGUCCUGUGUUUCUUUGUAUGCCAUGUGUCGGCGGGUCCAUGUUUUUACAAUGUUAAGACUUUAGCUUUUGUAUGUUUGAACAUCGUUUAUGACUGUUUGUUUUUCAGAUCCCUUUAUCACUAUCAUAGGACAUUUGUGUGUGUAUAUUUUGGUUGAUUCCUUGACUUUGCUCAAGUCCUUUUAGAAUAAAUGAAUUGGAUCUAUUUA